AUGCCGCCAACUACACUGCAUGGGUACUACAAACGUGUCCUUGUCCGUCAUUCGAGCUACGUCAAGCCACUCCUCACCGAUGCCAAUAAAGCAGCACGGCUCAAGUGGGCCAAUGGAUUCCAGGACAAUGCGCGGCCUCAAGUCCUUGCGUCCGACAACGUUCUCAUGGCUGCGUGCAGCUGGUAUGCCAACCUCCCAAUUCACUUGAUCUAA